AUGGAUUAUAUUGCAUGUUUUUAUGAUGGAUUUUGGUGGGUAGGGAUUGCUGAAGAUGUAAGUGAGCUUGAUAUAAAAUGGGAAAAAAAACAUGAUGCUUUCAACAUGCUUAAACGUGAGUUAUCAAGUGAAUCCGUUCUGGCUUUCUAUGAUCCGCACAAAGAAGUACAGCUAAUCACUGAUGCUAGUAAUCAUGCCAUAGGUGGAAUACUCUUACAAAAAGAAGGAACAUGGAGUAAACCAAUCUGCUACAUAAGUAGAUCAUUAACCGCAGCCGAGUUAAAAUAUAGUAUAACAGAAAAGAAAGCUCUUGCCUUGGUAUGGGCUAUUGAAAAGUUACAUUUGUAUUUAUAUGGAAAAAAUUUUAAGGCAUACAAUCUCGAUGUAACAUAUCAAAAAGGAGAAAAGAACAUUGCAGAUUUUAUCUCUAGAAGCUGUACUCCAAAUGAAAUACAUAGUGAGUCAGAUAAAAAUGAAAUUACAGCAUAUGUAAAUUUCUUAGUAAAAAAAAUGGUACCCAAAUCAAUAUCACUCGAAGAUAUAAAAACAGAGACAGCAACAGACAUCAAUUUAAUUACAGUAAAAACAGCGUUGUUGUCGGGUAAAUGGCAUGACAAUCCAAUACUUGAACCGUAUCGUAAAUUUCAAAAUGAGUUAAUUGAUCACGACGGAAUCAUAUUACGAGGAGAAAAAAUUGUUUUACCAAAGACGCUUCAAAAAAGAGCUUUACAAAUUGUACAUGAAGGACAUUUAAGUGUUGAAAAAUGCAAAGGCUUAUUGCGACAAAAAGUUUACUGGGUCACUAUGAAUACCGAUAGAGAAGUAUAUAUUAAAAAGUGA